UUCAACCCUCGAGGGUUCGAAUUUCGGCGAGGGGAUUGCAUGCGACGAGUAAGGAAUCACAUCGCUUGGAAAAUAGUUACUUCAUGCGCACAGGCGCCGUCGUAAUUGAAGUGGGUUUGGGCCGGAGAAAAGAGGAGAAGUGAGGAGACGGAGACGGAGGUGAGGAUGGGCUUGCCAGGCGCUGUGGCCAAGUGCAAAUUGAGCACCAGCAUUCAAGCAAGCUUUGGUGUCCCGGAUGAUCCCGACUACGUUUUCGACAUUGCAGCCAAUGGAGAUAACACCAUAAUGGCAGCCUCGCUUUCAACAAAUGGAAUUAAAUUAUAUGGUCUGGCAACGGGCCAAUUUCUGGGGGACUGUAUUGGACAUACCGACACGAUUUCGGACGUUUCCUUUUCUGAUGCAGAUUCACCUCAUAUGUUGUGCUCCUCGUCGGCUGAUGGUACAGUGAGGGCUUGGGACACUCGUCUAAGAAAAGAGGUUGCAAGUCUACGGUCAGAAAACCAAGAGUUAUGGAGUUUUGAUGUCGGGGGUUCUACUCAAAACUUGGUUGCUUCUGGUGGCAAUGCUGCGGUGAUAUGUUGGGACCGGCGGACAAAUCGCCAAAUAGCCACAUUAGAAGAAUGCCACACAGAAGCUGUUACGCAGGUUCGCUUCCAUCCGAGUAAGAAGGAAAAACUGGUGUCUGCUUCAGUAGAUGGCUUGAUGUGCGUAUUUGAUACCGUGAGCGACAUCAAUGAUGACGAAGGAAUGGAAUCUGUAAUGGGCGUGGGAACCUCUAUCGCUAGAAUAGGAUUCUACGGAAGCAAUCGUGAACGGCUUUGGUGCCAAACACAUAUUGAAACAGUGAGUUCUUGGAACAUUGAGGAUGCACUUUUGGAAGCUGACUUCACAGAUAUCCGCUCCGAGGCUUCAGCCAAUUGGAGUUACCCCUCUGUGGAUUAUCUGAUACGCUGCCACUACAUACCUGGAUUCGACACGCUCUGGCUUAUAGCCGGGACCCAAGAAGGAACAAUCGGGUACUUUCCUCUCCACAUUCCAGUGAAGAGGUCAGGCACAAAUGAUGCUGCGGCAGUUGGACCAGCCAGUGCCGUCUUAGAAGGGGGCCACUCUUCCGUGGUGAGGUCUGUUUGGUUUCCCUGUGAUGUAGGAACAAAUGCUGACACCCCUUUGGAAGGCCUUUUCUGUUGGACGGGUGGCGAGGAUGGACGGCUUUGUAGAUGGAGUGAGGAUUGUGAUGCAAACGAAAGGAGCAUUGCUUGGGUUUCUAGUGGGCUGGUUGCGAAAAGAGCUGGUCGUUCGAAACUUAGGCAUGCUCCUUAUUGAUUCCAAAAGCAUGGUGUAACAUAGUUUUCUAUUGACAAUUGUAUGCACUCUCCAGUUCCAAAAUAUCGAAACCGUGAUAAUUUUCAGUUCUUUAGUUG